GUCUUCCAUGCUUCCUUUGCAAAAACACAAAAGUCUUCCAUGCUUCCACCAUAUGCAUAUUUCUUCCUACAAUCCAGAGGAUAUUUGUAUGCCCUUCCAGUCUCGCCCACCACCAGUCCACAGUCCACACACAGCCCCUCUCCUCCGCCAAAGAACCACCGUCUCCUUCCCCACCCGGCGGCCUCCAAAGCCAAUAAAUCCACCCUGAAAGCGCAAACCCGUAUUAAUUCUAUUCCUGAAAUUGCUCAAUUUCCGAUAUGGGCAACUGCUGUGUAAGCUCCGGCGUCAAACUGCCUCCACAUUCUCAUUCGGCGGCGAACUCCAACCGGGGAGCCUCUGCCCUCAGCCACCCGUUGCCGGAGGAGGAAACCGUUAAGGAGGUUCUCUCUGAAACUCAAAACCUCUCCAAGCCCACAUUCCCCAUCGACUACGGGCCCUGUAAACACCCACUACUCACCGAAGAUCAGGAGAAGCGCCUAGACGACGUCGUUCCCAAGAAGCCCGCCGCCGCAGCGGAUUUGAAGUCCGAGGAUCUAUCCGGGGAUUUCUCCGCCUCUGAGAUCUGCAGCACUAUCAGCGAGAGCGUUCCCAUCAUCACGGUGACGGAAAAAAUGGGUCUUGGAGAUGAAGUCCGGCAGAGGUCCCCGGCGAAAGUACGGAACCGGCCGUUUCUUGAAGAGGCGAAAAGAUCGAGGUCGGCCGGUAGGUCGCCGUCGAGGAUAUCCCAGCCGUCUCCGGCGAAAUUCAGGGCAGGUGGAGGGCGGGAUUCUCCCGGCCGUUCCCCGGCAAGCGUGAAAAGGAGAAACAACUAUGAAAGGAUUGGACGGAGGUCGGUUUCUCCUGCGACGAGGACGGAAGACGGUGGUCCGGGAUGGACCCCAUCAAUGAGGAAAUCUGGGAAGUCACCGGGUCGGGUCAGAUCAGAUAUCAGUGACACGACCCGAAUGUUGGGGAAAAGCUUUACCAGUAAAAAUAAUAAGGCCGACAGUAAAGAAAAGAUGAAAACAACAGAUACUCAUGAAUUGCUGGAAAAUCCGCUGGUAUCUCUGGAAUGCUUCAUUUUCUUAUAAAUAAAGUUUGACAACUUGAACUUAUUUCAGCAUAAAAUGGGGUGAUUUUGGCCUUUUCUUUUGGGGUAAAGUUUAUACCCAAAAUGUAAGUGUUAAUUACACGGAAAGAUAAUACUCCGGUCUCCGGGGUAUGUAAUUAUGUACUAUUGUAGUCUUCCCAUGUGUUUAUUGUUAAUAAAAAACAGCACACAAUUAUUAAUUAUUAACUACAUAUUGUAAUGUGAUUCAUAUGGGGAAA